AUGUAAAAUAUUGAUAAGCAUAUCAAUUUUCUUUGUUCAAAAAUAAAAGGGGAGGAAGGAGUUAAAUACCCCAAAGAAAACAUCGAGUAUAGUUCUGAAGCAUAGCAGUAUUUUAAAGAGAAAUUUCCUCUUGUUUUGUCCAAAAUGAAAUUCAAAUUACAAAAAAAUUAGUUUCAAGAAUUAACAAAUGAUGAAGAUUUCUUAUUAUCUUAUAUGAAACUAUAUAAACUAGAUAGCUCCCAUCAAAUAUUCAAUAAUGCUUUAUAAUGUUUCAUCAGUCACAUCAAUAAUCCAGAAAUAUUAUCAUUUGUGAUGGAUGAAAUCUCUAAAGAAUAUUAGUUUAAUGAAGAUUGGGCUGAAGGGACUGUUCCCAAAUUAAUUGAAUAUAUCAUGAAAGACUAUCAUGUGAGUGAUAUGAUAGAAAUAAUUGUGUUUAUUUUGAAAAAUACGAACUUCAAUUUGGAAUUAAUCUUAAAACAUAUAACAACUACAUUAAAAUUAGCUAAACCAAAGAAAUCUUAUCAAAAGAUUGAUGAUAUGCACCCCCUUUUGAAUUUAAUUACUAAAAUAGUAUCAGUAUUCUCUCCAUCUUUGGAGCAAGUCUAAUAAACAUACAAUUUAAUUUUGGCUGCUUAUAGACAUUUUUUUAGGGAUUUACUAAGAAAUUACGUAGCCUAAUCGCAAGCUUCAGCUGUAGGAGAUUUUCUAAUUUAAUUUAGUGCUCAACUUCCAGAGAAAAUAGAUUCCAUAUUUUGUGCUACUUAAUUAAUUACAUUAUUAGUAAAUGAAAUAGCCAAUACUAUUAGUUAUUUAUAAUACGAGAAAAAGUUAAUGUCUCAAUAGAAGUUAAAACUAUUAGAUUUAGUAAUAAACUUAUAUAAUGGAGAUAGAUUAUAUAUGAUUAAUUUUUAUUUCAAUUUUUACGAUAUCAAAUAAUUGCCUGAUGGAGAUUGCUAUUUAUGUUAAUAUAAGGAUUAAAAAAUGUAUCAACUUAUUGAAAUUGAAACUGAAAAGAAAGAAAAGUUAAUUGAGUGCUGCAAAGGAUGUUUUUGUACCCAAUUACAAUUAAGCAAUAAUUAUGAAGAUUAAGUAUAUUUGCCAACUAUCACAUAUGGUCAUGCAUGCAAAACUAAGUGUAAUUGGAUGAAACUCUAUUAUGAAAAUUAUCUUAUCACUCAAAGUGUCAAUAGUGGGAAAUAAAAUAAAAAAUCAAAAUCCAUCAGCAUAUAAAAAUUAGAUGAAAUUGCUUAAUCUCUAGAAUAAAUGUGCAUUGAUUAUAGCAGAUUAUCAGAUAUACACAUGUAUUUAUGGUACUUCUCAUAUAUGAGUCUGUUAUUCCAGUAGUUAUUUUAAACAUAUUAAAAUAUUGAAUUGAUCUUAUUAGCUUUUUUUGAAGACAAUUCUAUUUAAGUUAGAGCAAAAGUGCUUCAUCAAUUUGAAAAUUAUUGUCUUAAAGUAGCUAAAAUGCAAAUUCCAAAGAAUUAUUGUAAUUUUUAUUUUAAAUACUAGAAUUCAGUUUAUUUAAUACUCAGAACAUAAUUGAAAGGAUAAAGCUAAGGGCACAGGAUAUAUCUAAGCAAAUAAGAGCAAUGAUAGUGCAAACAUUGUUGAAAUUAUGGAAGGAAUGUAAAAUAACAUGCCUAGAUAUUAUUAUUAAUAGGAUGCAAGACAUCGAAAUAUUUGUUAGGAAUAAAACUAUUAAAUAUUGUUUAGAGUUUAUUGACUUAUUUAAGGAGUUGCAGUCAAAUGAUCAAAUCAGAUUUUUUGAAGAGGUCUCCAAAAGGUUGGAAGAAAGAGGAGAAAUUGGAGAAAUAUCAGCCUAAUUGAUUCUUUUACUUUUAGCCACAGAUUCAAAAAAUAGAGAUUAGGAAAUCGCAGAUAAACUGUUAGAAUUAACUAUUGAAACCAAUAAUUAUAAAAUAGACUACGACCGUAUAUAAAGUUUAAUUGAUAAGCUGUCUGACAACAAUAAAAUCAUUGAUAAAUAGGGAAUUUUGCAUUCUUUUAUUUUGAGACUUAUUCAACUUUCGAAUAGUUGUAUUGAUGUUAAGGAAACUAAGUAAUAAAUUAACCAAAUAGAGAAUGUAUUAAAAUUGAUAUAAAUCAUAAUAAAUUAAAAGAACUAGGCCCAACAAUAAACCUUCAUUAAAUAAAUUGAUAAUAUAAUGUAAAUUACAUCCUAUUUUUUGAAUAAAUAGGAAGAAUUUCUCGAUACUCCUUUUGUCAAUAUACUAAAUGGACUGUUUAAGAUUUUAGUGUUUUGUCUUGAAGAUCUUAAUUCUACUGGUAGAAGAAAUUAUGAUAAAAUACCUUUUUAGUUAACAAAGAAGUUAACUAAUUAACUUGAUUACUUAAUUAUUUUUAUAGAAAAGAUAAUAUAUAAAAUUCAUCCGAAAACAGCUUUUGUUAAGACAAUUUUUACUCUUUCGACUUUAUUGGAUUUGAGGUAUACAAAAAAAUAUGAGAACAUUUAUUCAAAAUUUGAAAUAGUAAUGAAAUUAAUUUUAGUAAAAGCUGAAGAGAAUCCUGUAAGCUUUUAGUUUGGUUUAAUAGGAUUUUGUUAGAUUUUUGAAUAUUUUGAAUAUUUUAUAACGAAAACUACUAAAGAUAUAGAAUCCUUCUUAGAGUCUAUGUAGACCUUAUACAAUAGUUUACUUGAAUUUUCUAAAGAAAAGGCAGCUUAGGAGGAGAUCAUUUUCACUUUAUCUAAGAUGUGGGAGAAACUGCCUUAAUUAAUGUUUGAAAGUAGCGAAUUUUUGAAAGAAAACUUGAAAGAAAAUACAUUUUAAGAACCUAUAAUAAUUGCAAUCUAUUAAAUCUUUUAUGAAUCAAUUUUAGAGGCAAAUAGCUAAGCACAGAAACAAUAAUUCAGUUAGAUAGUUGAUAAAAGUUAGCUGGCAUUUAUGAUCAAGGACAUAUUUAAUGUAGUGUUUUAAUAGCAUAUUUUACAUCCAAAUAAAAACAUAAGAGUCUUAGUUUUAAAAUUGAUAGAGUUGCUAUUUGAUAACCAACUCUCUAUUGCCCUUUAAUUUGGAGAUUAUUUGAUAGUAGCAUUAAUGAAUGAUGCUGACAUUGCUGAACCAAUUUUGAAAAAGUGUAUUGAAGUUAGACCUGAGCAUAUGUUAUUAUAAUUUCCAAAAGGAAUUAAGUUGAUGAUACAGAAUUACGCUUCGCUUAAACCCUAUUUUACAGGUUUGGAUAAUUUGUUAAAGAAUUAUACAAUUUCAAAUAAUUAGGUGCUAUGUCAUUCAAUUUAUUAUGAUGUAUGUGCUCAAAAGUUUAGUGAUUUUUUGUUAUAUUUGGAUGAAUCAUAUUUUUUAAAUAAGAUUGAUAGCAGAACAUACUUUAAUCAAGCUCAAUUUAUUUUAUAUUAAAUAAUACAUUUAUAGUACUUAUCUAAACAAGAGAUUAAGCUAAUUUUAAAGGCUUUGCUAAACAGAUUUGACGAUUUCUUAAGCAGAAUAGAGAAAAAGUUGUAACAAUUAAGUGUUGAAAAAGAUUAUCAGAUUAUCAAAGCUAUACUUCUAAAAUUAUUUUAUGCUUAUUAACUUGUGGUUAAACCAGAGUAGAUUUUUGGUGAGAGUAGUUAGACUUUGAGAUAGAUUUACCAAAUGAAAGUGAUGAAACGAAAAUCUUAGAAAAGGUUAAGUAAGAAAGUAGAAAAGGAGAUCCUAUGUUUUGAAAUAUGUCCAAAACAUAUAAAUAAGUUUAAUUAAUAUGUGAAUUCAAGCGAGAUGAAUCUCUAAAUUCAGGAUAGUGAUCUAUCCGAUAGUGAGUAAGACAAAAGGUAGAGUGUUGGAAAGGAGAAUAAAUACAAAUAAGAGUUAGAAUUGAUUGAUGAAUUGUUAGAUUUUUAAUUAGGAGAUUCACAAAGUAUGUUUAAGUUGUUUGAUGAAUUGGGUAUCUUUGAGGAGGUAGAGGAACGAGCUGAAACUAAGUUAUAGGAAGAAGUAGUUGAAGAACCUGAAGAAGAGGCAUAAUAACCAAAAAAGUCAAGGAGAAAAACUACAAAAAGAAGACCUAGAAAAUAUUGA